GAACUUUCUUAGCGCAAUUAAUUCAUGUAAUUUCAUCUACCCCAUCACCCUUAAAGUUAGAAAGAACGAAUCAAAAGAUUGAAAGAGGAAGUAAGAAAAAUGGCAAAAUGUUUCAAUCGAUUAAUGUUGCCGCUUUUAUCGGUUUUUAUGGUUCUUUCAGGACCAAAGUUAUCCGAGUCUGCUAGAAUUUUCACCAUUAUAAACAAUUGCAAAGAGACAGUCUGGCCAGCAGUGACUCCUGGGGAGAACUUCAAUGGUGGUGGUUUUGUGCUAAAACCGGGCCAGUCAAUCGUAUUCACUGCCCCAGUAAGCUGGUCUGGCAGGAUAUGGGGUCGAACGGGCUGCAACUUUGACAAAAAUGGCAAUGGCUCAUGCCAGACCGGGUCCUGUGGCAGCGCCCUCCAGUGUGGAGCCUCAGGAAAGCCCCCAGCAACACUUGCCGAGUUCACAUUGACCGCGCUAGACUUUUAUGAUGUGAGCCUUGUUGACGGGUUCAACUUGCCGUUGGUUGUGACACCUCUAAAUGGUAAGGGAAAUUGCAGCGUAUCCGGUUGUGACAUGGACCUGAGACCAAAUUGCCCUAAUGAGCUAGCUGUCAAAGCAAAUGGGAAGACCGUUGGAUGCAGAAGCGCAUGUGACGUGUUCGACACUGAUGAGUACUGCUGCAGAGGGCUUUAUGGUAAUGCUGCUGUGUGUAAACCCACAUAUUAUUCCAAGAAGUUCAAAGAAGCAUGCCCUACUGCCUACAGCUAUGCUUACGAUGAUCCGACCAGUAUUUUUACUUGCUCGGGCACAGAUUAUGUCGUCGCUUUCUGCUCAACUAGGAAGCAACCAGUGUGCACAUAUCAUAACCACAAGCUUGUGUGUGGUAAUGGAUCUGGAUCAGUAGGUUUAACGUCAUUGAGAUGGUGGGCUGUGAUGCUUGGAGUGUUAAUGAUGAUUAAUUUAUGGAUUAAUUUUUGAAAACAGAGUUUUAUUUUUUAACCUAAGUUUAGAGGUGUGUUUUUUGCAUCCCUUUUGAACUUGGAAGCAGCACUUAAGAAGAAUGUCUUUUUUUUCAGAGAAUUGUCCAUGCUGGUUGGUUGUACAUGAUGAUGUUCAUUUUAUUCUUUUCUUUUCGAAGAGAAAAUAUA